AAUAGGAUGUCUGGUGCAAAGAUACUGCUAUUCCUGCAGAGCCUGUCACGCAGGAAACCUCUGGAGCCUGAAGGAGAGGUGUCCAACUUUCGACGAUGCCUGACCACACUUGACCUGGUGGCUCUGGGGGUCGGCAGCACACUGGGGGCCGGUGUGUAUGUGCUGUCAGGAGAAGUGGCCAGAGCAGUGGCUGGGCCAAGUAUCAUAAUCUCCUUCUUGAUAGCCGCAGUGGCCUCAGUCUUUGCGGGACUGUGCUAUGCUGAAUUUGGAGCUCGUGUUCCCAAGACUGGCUCGGCCUAUCUCUACAGCUAUGUGACUGUGGGAGAGAUAUGGGCUUUUAUCACUGGCUGGAACUUGUUGCUGUCUUAUGUCAUAGGGACAUCAAGCGUAGCCAGAGCGUGGAGUGGAACCUUUGAUGACCUCAUUGGAAAUGUCAUUGUCAAGUCUCUGGGCAAACAGGCUGCGAUGGAUUUACCUGGAUUAGCUCCUUACCCAGACUUCUUCGCAGCUGGCCUCAUAAUGCUCUUGGCAGGGAUUCUUGCAUUUGGUGUUAAAGAGUCUGCCAUUGUAAACAAGGUUUUUACAGCAGUUAACAUCCUAGUGUUGCUGUUUGUUAUCCUUUCUGGCUUCAUAAAGGGAGACAUCGACAACUGGUACAUUGGUGAAGAUUCUCUCCUAAAUGCAUAUGAAAACCAUACAUCACUGAAUGAAACUACCAGAUAUGGCAGUGGGGGAUUUUUCCCUUUUGGUUUUGAGGGAACAUUAGCAGGAGCAGCCACUUGCUUUUAUGCAUUUGUUGGAUUUGACUGCAUCGCUACAACAGGAGAGGAGGUUCAGAACCCUCAGAAGUCGAUCCCUCUUGGUAUCGUGGCAUCCCUCCUCAUCUGCUUCCUGGCUUAUUUUGGUGUGUCUGCUGCCCUGACUCUCAUGAUGCCAUACUAUUUGCUCAGUGUUAACAGCCCACUGCCUGUGGCCUUUACAUACAUUGGUUGGGGCCCUGCAAAGUAUGCAGUGGCUGUGGGAUCCCUCUGUGCACUGUCAACAAGCCUACUAGGCUCCAUGUUCCCAAUGCCCCGUGUUCUCUUUGCCAUGGCCAGGGACGGACUUCUCUUCAGACCUCUCAGUAAAAUGAGUGACAGACAAAGUCCUGUCAUAGCUACACUGGCUUCAGGUGUUGUAGCAGCUAUCAUGGCAUUAUUGUUUGACCUGAAGGCGCUGGUUGACAUGAUGUCCAUUGGAACACUCUUUGCCUACACUCUUGUUGCAAUAUGUAUUCUCAUAUUAAGGUACCAAGCAGAUCUCAGCGAGGAGUCGAGUUUGAGCAAACCAGAACCAUUUACAGUCAGUGGAAUAUUAUGUCCUCCUUCACAAGCCACCACACGGACAUCAAAAAAUCUGUCUGUUUUAGCUGUUUUUAUUAUCUUUCUAGCCAUCAUCUUAAGCAUCUUCAUAUCCGGGGCUGUGGACUCCCUGCAGGCCCUGGAGUGGUGGAGUCUGCUCUGUGUUUCUGUGAUCAUACUGAUGCUGGUCCUCAUUAUCCUGAUCAUCUGCAGACAACCACAGAGUAGAACAAAAGCUGCUUUCAUGGUUCCUUUUGUGCCUUUGCUUCCUAUUUUUAGCACCUUUGUCAAUAUCUAUUUAAUGGUUCAACUUGGAUCAGAUACAUGGAUCCGCUAUGCUGUGUGGAUGGCAGUAGGUUUAAUAAUCUACUUUGGUUAUGGUGUUCAUCACAGUGUGCAGAAACAAAGGCUUCAAAAUUCACACAACCGUGUCAGUAUUCACAACAUCACCACCACUAUGGAGCAAAACUUUGAACCUGGACAAGAUUUUGAUGGCUAAACGGUGUGACAGGAUUGAUUUAUGGAUAUAAACAUUCAGCAGGCAAUACAAACUUGGCCAAUAUUAAUCAAAAAUUGAAUUAUUUCCACUAAAUGACAUUACUCUAAGAUCAAAUUCCACCUCAUUAUUUAAGAAUGAAUUUGUGGAGGAUUGUUCAUAGUCCUAUGUGUAAUAUUUUACAAAGAAUAGAGCAAUGUCCAAUGGUAUAAUGCCAAUUCAAGUACAAGAUAGACAGGCUUUGUUUAAGAGCCAAAAGAUAACAUUUAUCUUGGAGGUAAAUGCUGCCACUAAAUCUAGUUCUUGCAAUAUGUAAUUAAUAUACCACAUUUGGUCAAAGAGAUGACUGUGGUAAAGUUCCCUGACUUUCUUUUAUAAUUGACACAGGUAGUCCACUGUAUGCAAACUCCUAACGUAUAGUCUAAUCCAGUGUUAUACAACGCUGUUUGAUAUAUUUGUAUCACUUUCCAUUAUCAGAUGUAACAUUUUGUUAUAUGCACAUGAAAUAAACUUGAAAAUUUAAGUUUUAA